CUCUUACUCACUAAAAAAAUAGAGGUGAGAGGAUUGUGGAUUGUACGUGGAAAUCUGGAUCUACAAACGGACAUGGAUUCAUUCCCGCUAUCUAAGAGUGGAUUAUAAACACACAGCAUUCAAAGAAUGAGGAUGCCAGAGGCAGGAAGUUAGAGCCCUCCACCAGAGAGAGUGUGUUCCAGGGCUGGGGCUGGACCCAGAGACCCCUGUCUGGGGGGGGGGCGGUAAAGGGCCCUCACAGCUCUGUGUGAGUCUGGACAAUGGGGGAUGGAGGUGCUGGUGCAACCGGAGGAGACAGGGUGAACCGGUCCCAUGUCCUAUUUGACAACUUCGUCCAGGCGUCAACGUUCAAGGGAACACUCAAGGCCUUCCAGGAACUGUGUGACUACCUGGAAGUAAAGCCCACCGAGUGCAGGGUCUUCUAUCACAAGCUCAAGUCCAAACUCAACUACUGGAAGGCCAAGGCGCUCUGGGCCAAGUUAGACAAGAGGGCAGGCCAUAAAGAGUACAAGAAGGGUCGUGCCUGCACCAAUUCAAAGUGUCUGAUCAUCGGUGCAGGACCAUGCGGCUUACGUACAGCCAUCGAGCUUGCUUUCCUGGGAGCCAAAGUGGUACUGUUAGAGAAGAGAGAUGCCUUCUCCAGGAACAAUGUGCUGCACCUAUGGCCCUUCACCAUCCAGGACCUCAGGGGCCUCGGGGCCAAGAAGUUCUAUGGCAAAUUCUGCGCUGGUGCUAUCGAUCAUAUCAGUAUUCGUCAGCUUCAGCUAAUGCUGCUCAAAGUUGCCCUCCUUCUGGGCAUUGAAAUCCAUGUCAACGUAGAGUUUAAAGGUCUUAUCGAACCUCCCGAAGAUCAAGAAACUGAAAGGAUAGGCUGGAGGGCUGAGAUCCACCCUAAGACACACCCUGUCAGCGAGUUGGAGUUUGAUGUCAUCAUUGGCGCUGAUGGAAGGAGAAACACGCUACCAGGGUUUCGGCGUAAGGAGUUCCGGGGCAAGCUCGCUAUCGCCAUCACGGCUAACUUCAUCAACAGGCACACGUCGGCGGAGGCGAAGGUGGAGGAGAUCAGCGGGGUAGCCUUCAUCUUUAACCAGAAAUUCUUUCAGGAUCUCAGAGAAGCAACAGGUAUUGACCUGGAAAACAUCGUCUACUACAAGGAUGACACGCACUACUUUGUGAUGACUGCCAAAAAACAGAGCCUGCUGGAAAAAGGAGUCAUUCUGCAUGACUACGCGGACACUGAGCUGCUGUUGUCUCGGGCUAAUGUGGACCAGGUGGCCCUGUUGUCUUACGCCCGUGAGGCUGCUGGUUUCUCCACCAACCACCAGCUGCCCUCAAUGGACUUUGCCAUCAACCACUACGGCCAGCCUGAUGUAGCCAUGUUUGACUUCACCUGCAUGUACGCCUCAGAGAACGCCGCCAUGGUGCGCCAACGCAACGGCCACAAGCUGCUGGUGGCGCUGGUAGGAGACAGCCUGUUGGAGCCCUUCUGGCCCAUGGGCACCGGCAUCGCCCGAGGUUUCCUGGCAGCCAUGGACUCCGGCUGGAUGGUGAAGAGCUGGGCUCAGGGAAAAACCCCUCUUGAGGUGCUGGCUGAGAGGGAGAGCAUAUAUCGUCUACUGCCCCAGACCACACCGGAAAACGUCAGUAAGAACUUCAGUCACUACAGUGUGGAUCCCACCACACGUUACCCCAACAUUAGCCUUAACUUCCUCAAACCCAGCCAGGUACGGCACCUCAUUGACACAGGGGAGUCGCAAAUGCGCAUUGAAAUCGAGAAUGUGAUCAACUCAUCAACACCCAAGUUGGCCAGGAAUGAAUCCAUAGCUCGAUCCAGUAAGCUGCUCAGCUGGUGUCAGAGACAAACGGAGGGAUACAGGAACGUAAAUGUAAGAGACCUCACCAUGUCUUGGAAGAGCGGAUUGGCCCUGUGCGCCCUCAUUCACCGAUACAGACCGGAUCUCAUCGACUUUGACUCACUGGAUGAGCGAGACCAAGAGAAGAACAACCAGUUGGGUUUUGACGUGGCAGAGAGGGAAUUUGGCAUCUCGCCCUGCAUGACUGGCAAAGAGAUGUCCUCUGUGGUGGAGCCAGACAAACUUUCUAUGGUCAUGUACCUCAGCCAGUUCUAUGAGAUGUUUAAGGACACAGUGCCACCUGGAGAUAAGCACAAUUUAAGUCCUGAGGAGAAGGCAGCACUGAUAUCCAGCACCAAAUCUCCCAUCUCCUUCCUCAGCAAGCUUGGUCAGAGCAUAGCAAUCUCAAGGAAACGUAACCCCAAGGACAAAAAGGAGAAGGACGUGGAUGGUUUGGGGAAGAGAAGGAAAACCAGCCAGUCUGAAGAUGAGGAUGUGUCCAAGAUGGGUUGUGACGACAGGCCGUCCGUCCAACCUGUCUUGUCGGAGAGAAAGAUUGAUUCCGCCGCCGUGGGGAACAACAACAAAGUCAAAGUCAUGGCCACCCAGCUGCUUGCCAAAUUUGAGGAGAACGCCCCUGCGCAACACACGGGACUGAAAAGACAGGGGGAAUCUCUGCCCAAUCUGGACCGCCUUUUGCCCCCUUCCCCGCCCAUAACCCCUGUGAAUGAGCCAGUGUUCCUGGCUCCUGUCCCAGCAUGGAGAAAGAGACGCACACAGCAGCAGGAGCAGCUGAGCAUUCGCUACAAAGAAAAGCUCAAGUGUCAGACGCUGCCCAGCAGGGGGGAGAAGGCCCGAAGUGGCGCAGACCAACUGUCCAGCUCGGGUUCUCGGAGCUGCCCAAAGAAAACCAUUCUGCUUCCUUCUUCCUCCUCCACUUCCUCGCUCUCUCUUCACUCAGAGGUGACACAUUCUGCUGUAUCCCCGCUGCACCUGAUAGACCCAGGACCCAUUCAUAUACCUGGUAUACAGGAGAGGGCUGACCGCCUGAUCUCUAAGUUUAAGGGCAGACCUGACAAGCCACCAAAGCCUAAGAAAAAGCCGUCCCGUUUCUUUUUAGAGCAGUGGCACUUGUCCGGAGGUCUGGCUGAGGUUCGAGGCUCACCACUUUCCUCUCCUGACUCUUGCAGAAAGGUUAGGCCCCAGCAUUCAGAUGACCCAGUGCCCUUAUAUGUACUUAGUAUUCAGGAAAGGGCUGAGCAACUUGCCUCCCAAUUUGAGGGCAAGCCAGCUGAACCACAGCCUAAGAAAAAACCCUCACGUUUCUUUAUGGAACAAUGGCACCAGGCUCGAGCCCAGUGUUCCCCUGAUUCUCCCCCCUCCUCCUCUGACACCAUGAGACAGCGCUAUGUAAGGAUGUACACAGGGGGAGUUAUCUCAUUGGCUGAGCAGAUAGCCACUCAGCUUCAAUCUCAGGAAGAGCCCAAGCCUCUGCCUGAUAAGAAGGAUUUGGGUUCUCUCCGAAAAGAGUUCCCCGUCAACAUUGGGGGCAGCGACGUUUGCUUUUUCUGUCGAAAGCGAGUGUACGUCAUGGAGAGGCUGAGUGCAGAGGGAAAGUUCUUCCAUCGCAGCUGCUUCAAGUGUGAAUACUGCGGCACCACACUCCGCCUGUCCUCCUAUGCCUUCGAUGUGGAGGACGGGAAGUUUUACUGCAAGCCGCACUACUGUUACCGUCUGUCUGGAUAUGCUCAGAGAAAGAGGCCUGCUCCCUCCCCUGCUCCAAUCACAGCUAAGGAGAACCAAGCGCCACAAACUCCCGUGGUGACCGUGGAUGCCCCCGGAAGGGCGAUAGCAGCGGCAGCCCCCUCGGUCGAGCACCAGCCUUCAGCACCGGAGGUCAACGGGCUGCAGGAGCCGAGCCUAGCUAAACGGCUGCGGGGAACUCCUGAGCGCAUCGAGCUGGAGAACUACCGCCUGUCGCUGCAGAGGGAGGAAGAGCUGGAGGAAGUGCCAGAGGAGACGCUGGCGGAACACAACCUCAGCAGUGUGCUGGACAAGCCCACAGAUGCUGACCUGGGCUCGAGUAGCUCAGAGUCAGACAUGGAGGAGGAGGAUGAGCAGGAGGAUCAGGAUCAGGAUCAGGAGGAGGUGGAGGUGGAGGUGGAGCAGCAACCUCUCAGCCCCUCAGACCUCGGUGGUGUUCCCUGGAAAGAGGCUGUAGAACUCCACGCCAAACUGAGGGGCGACGACGCAGCCAGCGGAGACGGGGAAGCAGAUGAGGAGGACGAAGAGGAGGAGGAGGAAGACGGGGAUGAGGAUGAGGAUGAUGAGGAGUCAAGCGAUGAGGGGGAUUACUGCCCCUGGGACAGGGAGCUCCAGUCAGGCCUUUGGCUGGAGAAGUACCUAACAGAUGAAGAGGAUGUUGGUACAUUUAAAGCCAGGAACCUACAGAUUCAGCAAGUCCUGCAGCCUGUGGAUCCCCAGGCCAUUCCAGGGUUGGUGAAAACACACCUGGACUCUGAGACAGACAAAGAUGGCCAGCCAGCCUCAGCCUCUCAACUCUCCCACCCCUCCUCCACAGAGCCCUGUGAGGAUGACGACCUGGAAGCAGAAGCCGACAGUCCGGAUGUGGAGCCUGGUACAGAGAUGGAUCAGGAUGACAUCCCCUCAGAUGCAGAAGCUGAGGCUCGUUUGCACCGAUCAGGGCUCGCUGAGGCUCUUCCUGAGGAAGGAAAAAAAUCAGAAAGUCUGGGAAUGGCUUCAAGUAUUGAACCGUCAAGCUUCAGCCCGACACAGAAAGAAGAGGAUGUUGUUCUUUCUCCACUCAAACCAUCACCACAGCCUGAAACACAGAUAUCUCCAUCUCCUCCCUCCCAGGUGAAGUCUCCUGGCACUCGGUUUUUCCCAGAGCCUUUCCUUCCUGAGGCAACAACGCCUGAGAAGACAACUCCAUCUCCAGCCGCCAAGAGCCCAGCGUGUCCUUCACCUGCUCCUGUCUACAGUCCUUCUCCGGUCUCCUCUCCCACUCUUGCUGCCGAACCUGCCACAUCUCCCCCCAGGUCACCCGUCAAAUCACCCGUCGUCUCUCCAGUCAAGCCAACCAUCGAGUCACCUGUCAGAUCCCCUGUCCGGUCACCGGUUGGCUCACCUAUCCGCUCCCAGCCCACCCCCCUACCAGAGACUUGCACACCUAAAUCUCCAGUCUACCCUCACCGCUCAAUUUGCCCUCUCACUGGUAAUCCCCUCUCCCCGAUCUGUACCCAGCCUUUAACCUGCCACGAACCUUCAUCACCCCUCAGCUCUGAUUCUCCCGUCAGAACUCAGCCUGUUCCCGCAGUCACUUCAACACCUAUGGCCCAAACAGACAAGGCCACAUCUGAGUCCUCAAAGUCUGACAGCUCGUCAACAGAGGAAACUCCAUCUAAAAAGACGGAUAUCAUUGAGGAAUUUUGGUUAAAGAGCGCUGAGAUCAGAAAGAGCCUCGGUCUGACUCCUCUGGACCGCAGCAGUAAAAUCUUAGAGAAAAGUGUUGAUAUGGCUCCAACACAGGAACCCACCCCUGCUAAGACACAGCCUCCAGAUGUGUCUGAGGAGCAGAAGCCUGCCGUCACUGGCCGUGCUGUCAUACGCAGACUCAACAUCACUCUUGAGGGUCAAGUCAUUACUCCUAUUGCUCCUCUAGGGCCUAAGAGUAAUGGCUCUGAAAGGAGGGAAAUCAGCAGUAGCUCUGGUUUGGGGUUAAAUGGAAGCAUGGCCACGAGCCAAACAGCAAACAGUGACAGCUAUAACACAUCUGACUCCACCAUGCUCACUCCGCCCUCCAGUCCACCGCCGCCUGUGCCUGCUAAUCAGUCUCCCGCUAUAUUCAGGCAGCAGAGACACCAGGUGUCCUGGAGCAACGGAUCAGAAAAACCUCCAUGCGAGCGUGCCAAAGAGCCAGUAAAAACUAAGACUCCUGUUCCCACGCCGAGGACGCAGCUGAGCCCCGUAUCUGCGCCCAAGCCUGCACCCAGGAAAGUCCCGUCACCACAAGCAGUUAUAGAAACAACUCCUCCCGUGGUUGUCAUGAGGGAGAAGAAGAAGGAGCCGCGGCCGGAGAACGCAAGGAAGUCGUUCGUGGAGACGGUGGAGGAGAUUCCGUUUGCUGAUGACGUGGAGGAGACGUACGAUGAGCGGACGCCAGAAACGAGCAUGAACAAGUUCUACACUCCACCCACCAGCAAGCCCAGCAGGGAAAGACCUCCCAUGCACCUGGCCUUAGCAAUGGAGAACGGUAAACCAAAUAUUCCUGUCAACUCAGCCUCUAAGACCCAGAGGGAGACUCAGUUCUCUCAAGAGGCCAAAGAGAUUGCUGAGGAGAGAAUCAGGGCCAGAGAAAAGUCUGUCAAAAGCCAGGCUCUGAAAGAUGCCAUGGCCAAGCAGCUAAAUAAAAUGAAAGAAUCUGACGUAGAUAAGGGCGCCUCACCUAAAGUGGCCUGGAGUGUAACCCCAGAUAUUACUGGAAAAACGAAAAAGUCAGCCGGAUCUCCGAAGACAUCAGCUGUGAAAGCUCUGGAGUCAAAGAAGGCAGAGAUCCUACCCGAACGUUUCUUCAGCAGCAACAAGAGUCUGGACAGCUCCGUGGCGUCGUCUGACGGCUCCUCCUCGAGCAAGAGCAAGAAACGAAGUUCCCUCUUCUCGCCUCGCAAAAAUAAGAAGGAGAAAAAAGCCAAGAACGACAGCAGCAGGCUCUCCGGCACAGAUGAGACACCGCCUAAACACAAGUCACUGUGGAAGGCCGUCUUCUCAGGGUAUAAGAAGGACAAAAAGAAAAAGCAGGAUGAAAAAUCAUGUCCGAGCACGCCGUCCUCCAGCUCCACCACUCAGGACUCUGGGAAGAAGAGAACAUCGCCUGUUGGAAAGUCAUCAGACUUGAAGUCGCGCAGAAACCUGAGCUUCUCAGAGGAUUCAGACCUGUCAUGUGACGACAUUCUGGAGAGAUCGUCCCAGAAGUCGAAGGCAGAUAGACAUACGGACAUCUUUGACCUAGUAUCAGGCAUGCAGAAGGAGUCAAUAAAGGAGGAGAAACUGGAAAAGCAGAGAAGGAGGGAGUUAAAGGAAAGAAAGAGGGUGAAAGACAGACAUAAAGAAAGAGAACGGGAGAAAGAGGUUGAUCGAGAGAAGGAGAAAGACGAUAAGGAGUCUGUUUAUGUCCCUCACGCACUGGCGUUCAAGAGAUCGUACGCCACAAAGAAAACCUACACAGAGGAAGAGCUGAAUGCCAAGCUGACACGAAGAGUCCAGAAAGCUGCGCGACGACAAGCUAAGCAGGAGGAACUCAAGAGGCUACACAGAGCACAGAUCAUCCAGAGACAGCUGGAACAGGUGGAAGAAAAGCAGAGGCAGCUUGAAGAGAGGGGUGUAGCUGUGGAGAAAGCCUUAAGAGGGGAAGCAGGCAUGGGCAAGAAGGACGAUCCUAAACUAAUGCAAGAGUGGUUCAAGCUGGUGCAGGAGAAGAAUGCCCUGGUCCGGUAUGAGUCAGAACUGAUGAUAUUUGCCAGAGAGCUGGAGCUGGAGGACCGGCAGAGCCGACUGCAGCAGGAACUCAGGGAGCGAAUGGCUGUUGAAGACCAUCUGAAGAAUGAGAAGGAGCUUGCUCAGGAGAAACAGAUCCUGAAUGAGAUGUUGGAGGUGGUGGAGCAGCGUGAUGCCCUGGUGGCCCUCUUGGAGGAGCAGAGGCUUCGGGAGAAGGAAGAAGACAAGGACCUGGAAUCUGUCAUGCUCUCUAAAGGCUUCAACCUCAACUGGGCUUAAAAGGAGUGAAGCUCAUUAUGUCUUGGGAAAAGUCAAAUUGUGAUAGGCGCUCUCUGCCUUGCACAGUCAUCAAUUAUCAGAAUAGUCUUCUGAACACCGACGCAGGCAGUUGGUCUAAAACUGUCACACCUGCAGCAGUGAAUGUGUAAAGAUUCCCCCAACACACACACCAUGGCUGCCCCCGACAUCUCAGUUGAAGCAGCCUGUAACGUUUACAUAUCCUCUGCCCUAAGGCAGUCUUAGUUAAUCACUUUGUGUCUCUCUGCGGUUGGACAGCCGCAUACAUUCACAACUUUAUCAUCACAGACUUGAAAUAGAACCUCUCAAACAGGGAGGGGGACACUUUGGGAGAAUGUUUAAAGACUUGUUUCAUUAUCUAAAGGGAAGAAUGCAGUUUGGUCCUGCUGAUGUAAAGGAAUUGUAAAGAAUUGUGUUUUUUUGUGUAUAGUUGUGUAGAACAAGUCACAUUUACAGCUGAUGAGGGUUCUCUUUUCCAAAAAGGACAGUUACAGAGUUAAUGUCCUGGAGUGACAUGUCCAGUUUCAGUCUCAGAUCCUCCUCUUCAGUCGGACUGUAGGACGGACAUCCUCUGCUGAAGCUGCCUUUCUAUCCAGUGACAAACUGACCUCCUCAUCCUAAUGAAUCACAAAGAUACAAUGGAAGGCUCUUUUUUUUUCUCCCCUUGCAGUGUUUUGUGAGUCAACACUAAGAAUCCAUUAAAUAUGGCCAUGUGUUUUUUUAAAAAUGUAUUUAUUAUCUUUGUUUGCUUUUAACAGAUAAACAUUUUUAUUUUUGCAUUCACAGGAGAGUGCCCAGAAUCUCAUUAUCUUGCACUUGUGCAUAAUCCACAUGCACCCAGAAGCCAUUGCAUGUCAGGACCGAAGGCUGCAGGCACACAGAGAAACAUAGUGUAACAUUGUCCUUGACAGCCAGGACAUAGAAUACAGACUUAGACUGUAAAUGAACACUUCAGCAUUUCACAUGGCUUGAUAAUGACGGGCCUCUCCAUGAGAUGCUAUUCACUGUAUAUCACACUGAUGGCUAAUGUUUACAAAUAUUGUCCAUAUUCAAUAUUGGAUUUUUAUGUUUCCUACAAACAGUAGCAAGGUAAACCAACGGUUGAAGUCAUCUUGGUAGGAACCGUCUUUUUCGAGUUCAAGGUUCUAACCAUUUGUGUUACCAUAGUGAUGUUAUCUUUAAUGAAGUUGAUUUCGCUGUUGAGAGAUCAGUGUAGCUCGCUUCACUCUUUUUGUGCCACAGGACUGUCUCUGUUUGUGGAUACUGCUACAAUAUCGAAGGAGUACGCCACAAGAACUUACACACUUACAUCAGUAUAUAGCAGUGUUAAUAUUUUACCUUUAAACAAGAUGCCUUUUCAUUUUCAAUCUAUACUAUAUUUUUCUUAGUUAACUUGCUUUUUGGCAUCUGUGUGUCUCACUGGAACUCAAGAUUUUUACUUGUUUGUUUUUGUUUUUUUGUUUUCUUCAGAUUCUUUUAUACAGCAGGUCCCCAAACAAACAAAUUUUAAAUGGGGAGUGGGAGAAAUGCAAAGUGCUUCGUGAGCAGCUUGCAUCAGACAGGAACAUUAGUUUCUCUGACGGGCAGUCAAAUCAAAUAGCCUUUUUCGACAACUGUAAUAAUCCAGGUGGUCACUGUUUGACAGCACAGAAACAUUAGAGGCUAUAUUUAUGAUUUGGUAUGAGCUGUGAAUAUAAAAAAGUUACAUAAUUUUAAGGGUUGUUGUUUUAGAUGGUGUGUGAUAAGUUUGACAUGAUUGUAUUGAUAUUUAUUAACAUGUGUGCAAACUGUAUUAUAUGUAAAGAAUAUGAAUCCUAAUUUUUAAACUGUUCUGUUGACACAUGACUUGUAAUGUAAAUGCUUCAUGUAGCUAAAAUGCAUAGGGGUGUUGGAUGUAUGCUGAAAAUGGCAAUAAAACAAUGCAGUUGUUCU